GCCCCGCCCGGCCGACCUCCGAGCGCCUCUCGGCGGGGCGGAGUCCGAAGGGCCAGCCAGCCGACCUGGCCUGUUUGUCCCAGCCGCCCUUGAAGCCCCGAGUCCGCAGGUGCGUCCGGAGCGCCGCAGCCGCACCAUGCUGGGCGUGAUCAAGAACUCGCUGUUCGGGAGCGUAGAGACGUGGCCUUGGCAGGUCCUCAGCAAAGGGGGCAAGGAAGAUGUCUCCUAUGAGGAAAGGACCUGUGAGGGUGGGCGGUUUGCCACAGUGGAAGUGACAGACAAGCCUGUGGAUGAGGGUCUACGGGAAGCAAUGCCCAAAGUCAUAAAGUACGUGGGAGGCACCAAUGACAAGGGAAUCGGAAUGGGGAUGACAGUUCCGAUUUCCUUUGCUGUGUUUCCCAGUGAUGACGGCUCCCUGCAGAAGAAAUUAAAAGUCUGGUUCCGGAUUCCAAACCAGUUUCAGAGCAAUCCACCGGUUCCCACGGAUGACAGCGUUAAGAUCGAGGAGAGAGAAAGCAUCACUGUCUAUUCCCUGCAGUUUGGUGGGUAUGCGAAGGAAGCCGACUAUGUAGUUCAUGCCACCCAGCUGCGUACUGCCUUGGAGGGCACGGCCACCUGCCGGAGUGACGUCUACUUCUGCACUGGCUAUGACCCUCCCAUGAAGCCCUACGGACGUCGCAAUGAGGUCUGGCUGGUGAAAGCAUGAGUAAUUUGCUGCACUACAACCCCCCGGAUAUCUGUUUCUGUGUCUGCUUCCUGAGAGGAGAAGGGAGCACAGCUUCCAACUGUGUCUCCAGCUCCACCAACUUCUCUUCAAAGCCGUGUGCUGCCAGUUUUAUGAAAUACGCAUAUUCCGUCUAUGCUCUCUCUCCUGGUAGGGGCUCAGACAGCCAAGAUAGACAGCAUCCUUCGAACUGACUUAGAAAGUUCUGUGGUAGAUCAGAAAAAAAAUCCAGCAACAUUUUCCCAGCUAUCUGGGUCACUCAAAACUGAUCUUUAAAAAUGAUUGAACCUGUAUUUUUGUGGUGGAGGAAAAAAUGUGAUUUGUGCAUGAUCUUCCAUCUGUGAUUCUUGCAAGACCUUUGUCUGAAAA